AUACAUACAAAUACAAUCGUCCGCAGUCUAUUAUGAUAACUACCCCACCCCGACCAACAGAGCCACAAAGUAUCACGCAUUCAUCACGUUCUUCCUCUCCAUCUUUCUGCUUCCAAAUCUCCUUCUCUGUAACCCUAGUUUCUUCUUCUACCUGAUAGGAUCUCUUUCUGGAUCAUACCCCUGCAUUUUAAUCAACCAUACUUUCCCCAAUUCCUGAUCUCAAUCACUCUCCAAGAUGCCAUCUGCUUAUGGAGCUCGAUUGACCACCUUCGAAGAUUCCGAGAAGGAGAGCGAGUGUGGUUACGUCCGCAAGGUAUCUGGACCAGUUGUCAUUGCAGAUGGCAUGGCAGGGGCUGCUAUGUACGAACUUGUUCGUGUUGGGCAUGACAACCUUAUUGGGGAGAUUAUCCGUUUGGAAGGAGAUUCUGCUACAAUCCAAGUUUGUACACAUUGAGAAUAAACCCGUCCAUUGUAUUUUAGUUUAUGAAGAGACAGCUGGAUUGAUGGUCAAUGAUCCUGUUUUACGGACACACAAGCCUCUAUCAGUGGAGUUGGGUCCUGGAAUAUUAGGGAAUAUAUUUGAUGGCAUUCAGAGGCCUCUGAAGACUAUCGCAAAACGAUCAGGUGAUGUCUACAUCCCUCGUGGUGUAUCUGUCCCAGCACUUGACAAGGACAUCCUUUGGGAAUUUCAGCCCAAAAAGAAAGGUGAGGGGGACCUUAUAACAGGUGGAGAUCUAUACGCUACUGUAUUUGAGAACAGUCUAGUGGAACAUCACAUUGCUUUACCUCCUGAUGCUAUGGGAAAGAUAACCUACAUUGCACCACCUGGUCAAUAUUCAUUGAAGGACACUGUUUUGGAGCUUGAGUUCCAAGGUGUUAAAAAGAAAUUCACCAUGCUCCAGACUUGGCCUGUACGAACUCCUAGGCCCGUUGCAUCGAAGCUUGCUGCUGAUACUCCUCUUCUUACUGGGCAGCGUGUUCUUGAUGCCCUUUUCCCCUCGGUGCUUGGUGGUACAUGUGCCAUUCCUGGUGCCUUUGGCUGUGGAAAAACUGUUAUUAGCCAAGCUCUAUCCAAGUACUCAAAUUCCGACACUGUUGUUUAUGUUGGUUGUGGAGAAAGAGGAAAUGAGAUGGCAGAAGUCCUCAUGGACUUUCCUCAAUUGACGAUGACAUUGCCCGAUGGUCGUGAAGAAUCUGUCAUGAAACGUACAACACUUGUGGCUAACACUUCUAACAUGCCUGUUGCUGCUCGUGAGGCUUCAAUUUAUACAGGAAUUACCAUAGCUGAAUACUUCAGAGAUAUGGGUUACAAUGUAAGUAUGAUGGCAGAUUCUACCUCCCGUUGGGCAGAAGCAUUGCGUGAAAUUUCUGGUCGGUUGGCAGAAAUGCCUGCUGAUAGUGGAUAUCCUGCUUAUCUGGCUGCACGUUUGGCCUCUUUCUACGAACGUGCUGGUAAAGUAAAGUGUCUUGGUGGGCCAGAACGUAAUGGCAGUGUCACAAUCGUUGGUGCUGUAUCUCCUCCUGGAGGAGAUUUCUCUGAUCCUGUUACAUCUGCCACCCUUAGCAUCGUUCAGGUUUUCUGGGGUCUCGAUAAGAAGCUUGCCCAGAGGAAACAUUUUCCAUCUGUUAACUGGCUUAUCUCCUAUUCAAAGUACUCAACGGCUCUGGAAUCAUUUUAUGAAAAAUUUGAUUCGGAUUUCAUCGACAUUAGGACAAAAGCUCGUGAGGUGCUGCAGAGAGAAGAUGACCUGAAUGAAAUUGUCCAGCUGGUUGGUAAAGACGCGUUGGCUGAAACGGAUAAAAUUACGUUAGAGACUGCAAAACUUUUGAGGGAAGACUAUCUUGCCCAGAACGCAUUUACACCAUACGAUAAAUUCUGCCCAUUCUACAAGUCGGUGUGGAUGAUGCGCAACAUUAUCCAUUUCUAUAAUCUGGCGAAUCAGGCGGUGGAGAGAGGAGCUGGUAUGGAUGGGCAGAAGAUCACUUACACACUGAUCAAGCAUCGGCUGGGUGAUCUGUUUUACCGAUUAGUGUCUCAGAAGUUUGAGGAUCCGGCUGAAGGAGAGGAUGUUCUAAUCGGGAAAUUUAAGAAGUUAAACGAGGAUUUGAGUGCUGGUUUCCGCAAUCUUGAAGACGAGACGCGGUGAAAACACAAAGGUGUAGUUAAAUUAAAAGAGGAAAGGAAGCGAAGCAAAUGAAGCAGUAGUUACGAGAUGGGGCUGGACUGGGAUUGUAUUGAAUGGAAAUAAGCAUAGAGCAAAGUUUAGGCAUAUGACAUUUUGAGUUUCAAUUGUAUUAUGACUACACUACUCUACUCUACUCUACUCUACUAGUAUUAUCAUCAUUAUUAUUAUUAUUUGUUGAUGGAAUAACAAGUUGGGGGCCA